AUGUUGUCUUUUGUCAGCUGCCUACUAAUUUUCCACGGACUUUCCGGAAGGAUAUCUGAAACAUCCUGUGCUAGAGUUGUGACAGAUUUAUCUCAUGCCUUUGUUAAAGACAAGUUCCAUUACCUGAAUGUUAACAAGAUUGGGACGUUUUUGGUGACGGACGUGUUUGACUGUACGUUUAAUUGUCUUCGUCUACCGUCAUGCGUUUCUGUAAACUUGGCGAGCAACACAGGAGCCGAUGGAACUAUCUGGUGCGAGUUGCUGUCUUCUGAUAAAUACCAAAACUCCCAGAAGUUCGAAGGAAACCAGACUUCUCAUCAUUUACUCCGAAAGUCGCAAUGUAUUUCUACGCCGUGUCAAAAUGGUGGUACAUGUCUGGCAAAUUAUCAGGACGAUACGUUCACAUGUCUUUGUAAAAACGAUUAUAUUGGACAACACUGUGAAAAAGGUGCAACAUCGUGCAAAGAACUAUUUGAGGCAUACAAUUUCAACACAGCUCGACUAGCCAAACUCCGCUUUGGCUCAACAUCAGUCUCUGUUUAUUGCCACAUGGGGAAUUUUGGGUGUGGUGAUGGGGUAUGGACAACUGUCAUGAAGAUUGACGGCAACAAGGCCACAUUUAAAUACUACUCGAGCUAUUGGUCAGAUAAAAAUCAAUACAACGCUGCCGGAGGAGAGACUGGAUUUGACUCAGAAGAAACCAAAUUACAUACCUACUGGGACACAUCCUUCAACCAGAUCUGUCUCGGUAUGAAAGUUGGCGGCCAGACGCGAUUUGUUGCCUUCAACAAGCAGGCUACUUCUCUGCACUCCCUGAUCGCUGAUGGACAUUACCGCGCCACCUCAUUGGGUCGUUCCGCCUGGAAGGCACUUAUUGGCUCGGAAGCCUCGUUACAGACAAACUGCAACAAGGAAGGAUUCAAUGCAGGCGGAUGUUAUGGUGAUGGUUGCGCUUUAGUAAGGAUCGGUAUCGUUUCAAAUGAGCAAAAUGACUGUGAUUCAUGUGAUUCCAGGAUUGGAUUUGGCGGUGCCGGGAGCCCUGAUGAUAGUAUUACUUGUGGAAAUGGUGCGGGAGCCUAUCCAGAUAACGGUGACAAGCUCAUUAAAACCAUGGGUUACAUCUUAGUGCAGUGA